GUGGAGUAGAGCGGGUAGAAGGCGGGGUCUCUCUAGAUUGGUGAUUUUCAGGGUGAUGAUGAGAUUGUACAGAUCAGACACUGUGGAAGAGAUAUGGCGGUCUCUUUUCUCUCUGCAGGCCUUUCUACACCGGAUCCGGCAGAGUGCUGUGGACAAGACGGAGAAUUGCUGCAUCUCCCAGGAGAACGUCAAGAUUUUAUUCUCCAACAUUGAGGACAUCCUGCGGGUGCACCGGGAGUUCCUGGAGUCACUGGAGGGCGCUCUGCAGCCGGAGCCGCAGUCCCACCAUGAGCUGGGGCUCAUCUUCCUGAAGUUUAAAGAGAGGUUCUGUGUGUACGAGGAGUAUUGCAGCAACCAUGAGAAGGCGCUGCGAUUAUUGAUGGAGCUCAACAAAGUCCCCAACAUCCGCGCCUUCCUGCUGAGCUGCAUGUUGCUGGGAGGACGGAAGACAGACAUCCCAUUGGAGGGUUACCUGCUCACCCCCAUCCAGAGGAUCUGCAAGUACCCCGCUACUCCUAAAGGAGCUGGCAAAGAGAACGCCCACCAAACACUCGGACCACCAACCUGUCCAGAGCGCCCUACAGGCCAUGAAGACCGUCUGUACCAACAUCAAUGAAACCAAAAGACAGAUGGAGAAGUUGGAGGCCUUGGAGCAACUGCAGUCCCACAUCGAGGGCUGGGAGGGCACCAACCUGACAGACAUCUGUACCCAGCUGCUCCUGCAGGGGACGCUACUGAAGAUAUCGGCGGGGAACAUCCAGGAACGCAUGUUCUUCCUCUUCGACAAUCUCCUUGUCUACUGCAAGCGGAAAUCCAGGGUCGGAAGAAAAAGUCAACAAAAAGGACCAAAUCCCAUUAACGGCACAUUGUACAUAUUCCGCGGGAGGAUCAAUACGGAAGUGGGUGAUGGAGGUGGAGAAUGUGGAGGAUGGUUACAGCCGAUUAUCACAGUAACGGUUACACCGUCACCAACGGCUGGAAGAUCCACAACACCGCCAAGAACAAAUGGUUCGUCUGCAUGGCCAAAACCGCCGAGGACAAGCAGAAGUGGAUGGACGCCGUCCUGAGGGAGCGGGAGCAGCGAGAGAGUCUGAAGCUGGGGAUGGAGCGGGACGCCUACGUGAUGAUCGCAGAGAAGGG